AUGAACAGGUUCAGGAAUGUGGUGCUGCGCAAGUGCAAGAGCCUGUCACGGGUAGCAGGGCGGCCGAGCGCGUCGUCGUACUCGUACAGCAGCCUCCGGUCCAUGUCCACACGGGACGCCGCCGCGGCGGUCGUCGACGACGGCGCCGCCGAUGAUGCCGACGACACGCCUGUGCGCGGCGGCGGCGGCGCGGUGGCAGUGUUGGUGGGCAGCUCGCGGCGGCGGUACGUGAUCAGCGCGGAGCACCUCAGCCACCCGCUGAUCGCCGCGCUCAUCGACGACGACGGGCGGCGGAAGGAUCAGCCCAUCGCCGUCAACUGCGAGGUGGUGCUGUUCGACCACCUUCUGUGGAUGCUGGACAACGCCGUCGACCUCCACGACGAGGACGACGACGACGCCAUGAGGGAGCUGGCCCAGCUCUACGCGUGCUGA